AUGUUGCCAGGAUCUAUCCAGAUUUCUGGGGAGACGUUAUCAAGUGCUGAGAUUCGGGAUAUCUGUGAGAGCCUGCGGGAGAACUCCAUCAAACUGCUUUCCCUCCGGGGCUGUCAGCUUUCUGACCGAGAUUUCGGUCGCAUCUGCAGGGGGGUGGCAGAGUCUCACUCCUUGGCUCAGCUCAAUCUUAACUUGGGCAUUGUCUCGAACAUCAACCGGGUCAAGCAACUGGCGGAGGCCCUGAAGGCCAAUCGCUCUGUCCAGUCUUUGUUCCUCCACGGGAGUCCCCUGACAGAUGCUGGCCUGGCUCUCCUCAACCCAGCACUCUCCAUUCAUCCCUCGCUAGUGGCCUUGGAUUUGGGAGACUGCAUGCUAGGUGAUGAAGGCAUCAACUUGAUCUGUGGGCUUCUCCCUCCUGAUGGCGCCAAGUCCGGUUUGAAGGAGCUGACCCUCAGUGCCAAUCCUGGCAUCACAGCCAAAGGAUGGGGCCGUCUGGCUAUUGCAGUGGCUCACAGUUCCCAGGUGCGAGUGUUGAACUUGGACUACAACCCUCUGGGUGACCAGAUAGCAGGGAUGCUGGCAGUUUCUGUGGCAUCCAGCCGCACCUUAGAGGUUCUGGACUUGGAAGGAACAGGACUUACCAACCAAUCAGCUUUGAUUUUGCUAGACAUGGUGGAAAACUACCCAACAGCCUUGAGGACACUGAUCCUAGCAGAGAACAACAUCAGUCCUGAACUGCAGCAGCAGAUCUCUGACCUUCUAUCUGAGGGUGAGGAAGAGGAGGAGAACGAAACUCGUGAAGUAAUGGCCAGAGAGAAGAAUUCGUGGAUCUGCCAGAGCAAUUCCAGUUCCCAGAUGGUCUUGGUAACGUCAGGCCUUGGAGAAAGUCUACUAGCAGAAACAGAGAUGUGAAACAUAGGAAAUUCCAGGUGCCUCUAAUGAAAAAAACAUUUUCAUGUAUGUGAAAAAAGUGUGUGUGUAGACUCAUGCAUUCACACAAUUGUCACGUGUGAGUGCGUGUUGUGGGUGUGUGCUUUUGCAAGUGAGUGCAUGUACCAGGCAAACAGAUGGGUGUGUGAAAUCUUAUACUCAUAUGUGCAAUUGCCAUGCCUGCCUGCAGCUUCACACACUUUGUGAAUGUCUUAUUGAAGUCACCUUUUAGCUCUCCCAAUGGAACCUGAACCAAGUUAAUCCCGACAUAAAUGUGUGUCCCACAACCUGUUGGUUGCUUGUGAUUGUCCAUUUACUGUAUUUUUAAGCUCACGCCACCCAUUCUUGACUGAUCUUUGGGGAGGCUGUAUUUAUUCAGAUAUGUAUAUUUAUGUAUAACAGAUACUCUUUCUAUUGCUUGUAACAAUGUCUUGAGUAGGAUUUUAUAAAGUUCACAGA